UCACUCUGAUUUUUUUCGCCGUAACCGACGAGGCGCUGUCAGCACCUCUCCAUGUCAAGCCUCGUCUUUUCCUCCACCUCCGCUGCGCCCACCAACUCCGAUCGUUCAUUUUUCAGUUUCCUAGAUGCCCACCGGUUACCUCUCUAAACCAUCCGUCGAUCGUUCGGAUUCCCAAACCGACUCCGUCUCCGCCGCCUCCUCCUCCCCCUCUUCUUCCUCUUCUGCUUCCUCCAUCCCUUCCGAUAUGUGGAAUUACCUUUUUAUCCCCAUCCUCAUCUACCUCUCCAAAGAAUUCUCCCUCGCCAAACCCCAUUCCACCAUCCUUCUCCCGAGUCAGCGCUCGGAUGAUUCCUCCACCGACUCACUGACUUCUGUACCGAGGUGUCCUGCGGUUGACCCCAAUCUCAAUUACAGGCCGGUGGUUGGUAUACUGAGCCAUCCAGGGGAUGGCGCAUCCGGUAGGCUCAAUAACGCUACUAACGCCUCCUACAUUGCAGCUUCGUAUGUGAAGUUCGUCGAGUCGGCCGGCGCUCGCGUUAUUCCUCUUAUUUAUAACGAGCCGCCGGAGAUUCUUUUGGAAAAGCUUCAAUUGGUUAAUGGUGUGCUCUUCACUGGAGGGUGGGCUAAGAGUGGUUUGUACUUCGAGACUCUUCGACGGGUGUUUAAGAAAGUUUUGGAGAAGAAUGAUGCAGGAGAACAUUUUCCAUUAUAUGCUAUUUGUUUAGGAUUUGAACUUGUAACGAUGAUUGUAAGCAAGGACAGAAAUAUUCUUGAAAGAUUCAGUGCUGCAGAUCAAGCAUCUACUCUCCAAUUCAUGAAAAACAUUAAUAUUGAAGGAAAUGUGUUUCAAAGAUUUCCUCCAGAUUUGUUAAAAAAGCUGGGUACAGAUUGCCUUGUCAUGCAAAACCAUGUUUAUGGCAUUUCACCAGAAAGGUUUCAAGAGAAUCCAGAUCUAUCUAGUUUCACCAAGACUUUGACUUAUGGCAUUUCACCAGAAAGGUUUCAAGAGAAUCCAGCUCUAUCUAGUUUCUUCAAGAUCUUGACAACAAGUGCAGAUGAAAAUGAUAAGGUCUAUGUCUCUACAGUCCAAGCUCAUAGCUAUCCUGUGACUGCCUUCCAAUGGCAUCCAGAGAAAAAUGCUUUUGAAUGGGGCUUAUCAAUGAUUCCGCACUCCGAGGACGCAAUUCAAGUGACACAACAUGUUGCAAACUUUUUUAUCAGUGAGGCUAGGAAGUCACUGAAUAGGCCACCCACUACAAAAGUGCUUGACAACCUCAUAUACAAUUACAGCCCCACUUAUUGUGGGAAGGCUGGGAAAGGGUACGAUGAGGUCUACAUCUUCACAUAGAUUCGAGGACCUCUUUACUAAAUGUAAAUGUUUAUGUUAUGAACAUCUUACAAUAAGUAUACCUUGUUGGACAUUUAUAAUGUUGUCAUUUAUGAAGUAUGUCCCACGUAGAUUGGUUGCUGUAUGCAAUAAUAUGGGAUGUCAAAUAGUUAAAGUGCAGCCUCGUUCACUUGAAGAGUCUCUCAACCGAUUGUGGAUGAGUGAUGAGGAAGAGUGAAGGGAGAAUACUGUAUUCAUGAAUUAUGUGAAUGUGUGUAUUAUGUGUGAAAGCAAUUUGGUUGUUCCUUGUUUCGUUAAGAUUAUUCAUUUCAGAGACUGAGGUGGAUAGAUGAGCGGAUUGAUGAAGGAAUAAAUGAUGGAAUGGGUA